AUGGGCCGGUUACUGGGCAUCGAGCUAUAUAAUUUCAAGUCAUACAAGGGGAAGGUCAGUAUCGGGUUUGGAGAGUCUAAUUUUACUAGUGUUAUUGGCCCCAAUGGAUCGGGGAAAUCAAACUUGAUGGACGCCAUAUCUUUUGUGUUAGGGAUGAAAAGCAUUCAUUUGCGCUCACAUACACUGGCUGAUCUUAUAUACAGAGGAACUUUACAGGACGGUGAUGCCGACAGCGGAUAUUCUGAGACGCAUGACAAUGAGAAUAACCCAUCAUCGGCAUAUGUGAAAGCUUUCUACAGCCCAAGUGGACAGGAAAAUGAUGUUGCGGAGCUAACAAGGACUAUCACGUUAUCACAAGAAAGCACGUACAAAUUAAAUGGCGAGACGGUGAGCCAUAAAAAAUACUGCGAUUUUCUGGAGAGUGAGAACAUCCUUAUCAAGGCACGCAACUUCUUAGUUUUUCAAGGAGAUGUUGAGCAAGUUGCUUCACAGAAACCUCGUGAGCUCACAACUCUUUUUGAGCAAGUCUCUGGAUCGAUUCAAUAUAAACAAGAGUAUGAUCGACUAAGAGAAGAAUUGGAAAAGGCAAGAUCUGCCACUUCUGAGCUGAUUCAAUCAAGAAAGCGCGCAAACAUUGGUCUCAAAAGUUUCAAAGAAGGAGUUAACAAAGACGAGGAGUAUCGCAAACAUCUCGAGGAACGCAAUAAGCUCCAACAACAGCUUAUUGUUUGGCAGCUCUUUCAUUUACAAGCCAAAAGAGAUAGUUUAACAGAGAGCUUAAAAUCUUCACAAAGAGAGCUCCAAAGCUUAGACUCCGAGCUUAAUAGCGAGGAACAAAUAGUGGCUAAAAAAAAGCUAUCUUACGCGAAGAAACAGACGCUCGCUGCUAAGCAAAGAACGAGGCUAUCAGAUAAAACCAAGAAAGUUGAUCAUCUUACUUCUUCUCUGCUACCCAUAAAGAGUUCAAAAGAGAGCAUUGAUAAAAGACUAUCGGCUGCUGUGACAAAAAUAGAAUCCUUACAAAGGGACAUUGACCGGCAGGAGUCAUUGGUAAAACAAUACGAGCAUCAAUUGAAGGUUGUGAACAAGGCAAAGACAAACUUUCAAGCUGAAAUUGACGAAUCUGCUAAAUCUAGUGGGGACUUCAAACUCAAUGAGGCUAAUCUCAAAAGAUAUGAGGAUUUAAAAGAAACAUUUCUGAGUUCAGGUGGUUCAGAAUUAGAAGACAAACUUCUUUUAGAGAAAAAUGAGUCGCAAGAGAUUUCUGAUGAAAUUGAACUGUACUCUAGGCAAUUAGAUGCCUCAAGGUUGAAAGUGAACGAGGAGCUUGGCGCUGAGAAAGAGGCUUUAGAGAAUGAAGUUUCCGAGCUUACCAAAGAACUGAGUGGGAAAACAUCUCAGGUAUCAGCUGCCGUUAAAAAGUUAAAAGAGCUCCAGUCAAGAGCAGAAUACAACAACAACAGAGAGUAUGAGGUCAGUUUCAAACUGAAGGAAACUCUCACUAAGCUAGACGACAUGAACGCUACUCAAAGGGAGACUGCAAAAGAAAGAAAACUUAGGGAAAACGUAUCUAUCCUAAGAAGGCUUUUUCCUGGAGUGCGUGGCUUGGUCCACGAGUUAUGUCGUCCGAAAAAAGAGAAAUAUACCGUUGCUGUAUCAACAAUUCUUGGAAAGAGUUUCGACGCUGUUAUUGUGGAUCAUUUCUCUGUUGCCCAACAAUGCGUUUCAUUCCUCAAAAAGCAACGCUCUGGUAUCUUAUCAUUCAUUCCGCUGGAUACUAUUGAUGUGAAUAAAGUUUCCAUGAUGGCCCUCGAUACAAAAGGGUGUACACUUGCUAUUGAUGCGAUCGAUUACGAGCGUGACUUGGAGAGGGCAAUGCAAUAUGUUUGCUCGGACUCCAUCAUUUGCGAUUCGUUGGCUAUAGCAAAGGAUCUCAAGUGGAGACGUAAUGUCAGAGCAAAACUUGUGAGUCUGGAUGGAUCAAUCGUGCACAAGGCUGGCCUCAUGACUGGAGGAACAACUAAAAGCUCCGGAAAUAGGUGGGAUAAAGAGGAAUACCAGGGCUUAAUGUCUUUGAAAGAUACCCUGCUAGGUGAAAUAUCAGAAUUAUCUUCUGCAAACACAAUAGAUUCUGAGAGAAUAAGGAGUACUGAAAACGAACUCUCCUUUUUAAAUUCGGAUGUCAUGAGCUUGAGAACUCAGCUUAACCAAGUAAAAAGAUCGCUAAACGAAAAGGAAACUGAGAUUCAGUACCAGCAAGAGCUAAUAAAAGGUGAGUUUGAGCCCAAAAUUCAAUCAUUAAAAGAGGCGAUGACUGCGCACGCCAAAACGACAGCUAGGUUUGAGGAAGAAAAAGAUCGCUUAUUAGACUCUGUCUAUGCUGACUUCGAAGGAGACAUCGGGUUCAAGGUUUCGCAAUAUGAGAAGCACUCAGGAGAAAUGAUGAGGAGGCAGUUAGAAGACUUGAGGAAGCUGCAAAUGCAGAUUGCAGGCAUAGAAAAAAAGCUUGAGUUUGAAACCGAGCGCCUGCAAUCCACGCAAGAGCGUCAACAAAGAGUACAGGUUGACAUUGAAAAAGCGAAAAUCAAGCUGGAAGCCUUGAACUCUGACGAGCAAAGAAUAACGGAUGAAAUACAGGGUGUGGAGCUCACCAUCAAUGAGGAACAGACACGUUUGGAUAACCUACAGAACGAAAUUAAUAAGGAUUUAGUAGAGCUCAACUCUUCAGAAGAAACAAUUCAGGAAGCUACCGAACACUUGCAGUCCGCCAAGCGCAUGCAUGAGGCUCUUGCUGAAGAUAUUGACAAAAAUUCUUUAGAAAAAGCCAAUGUCCUCAAGAACUGCAAAAUGCUCAAUAUUAAGUUACCUGAUGGAUCAUCCUCGCUUGAAAGAGUACCUCUUGAUGGGGUGAGUGACGCAACAAUUGAAGCAGCUAAUGCAGUCUUUGUGAAUUUCACGAGGUUGAAUAGAAGGCUCAAGCAGAGCGGCGAAGCUGAAACUGGGAAUGAACUCCAAAGGUCUAUAGAUGAGUUGAAUGAGCUCCUCACAGUCCUGCAACCUAAUUCAAAAGCGGCUGGGCGGUACGAGGAGGCCAAGGUCAAGUACGAAAGCAUUUUCAAGGAAACAGAGAAAUGCAAGACGAAAGAAAAGAAAGUCAAUGAGCAGUUUGCUAAAAUUCGGAGGUUAAGGAAAGAUGCGUUUGAAAGCGCUUUUGAUCAUGUUAGCAAUGCUAUCGAUGAUGUAUACAGAGAGCUUACUAGGGACCCGCAUUCCACCGCUGAGCUGGCAGGUGGGAAUGCUUCUCUUACUUUGGAGGAUGAAGACGAGCCGUAUCUUGCUGGGAUAAGGUAUCAUGCUACACCGCCUACCAAGCGCUUCAAAGACAUGGAAUUUCUUUCGGGUGGUGAGAAAACUAUUGCUGCUCUUGCGCUUCUUUUUGCAAUUAACUCUUUCCAACCAAGUCCUUUCUUUGUUCUUGAUGAAGUUGACGCUGCAUUAGAUAUUUUGAAUGUGGAGAGGAUAGCAACCUAUAUUCGACAAAGGGCGCUUUCGAACUUGCAAUUUAUUGUUAUCUCAUUAAAAAACACAAUGUUUGAAAAGUCACAGGCCCUAGUUGGAGUCUUUAGGCAGCAACGGGACAACACAUCCAGAGCGCUGACACUGAAUCUCGAAAAUUAUGAGGACUGA